GUGGCCCUUUCUACCUCAGAGCAGUGUGACAGUGAGAGAAGGACCCAGACCUUUAAUCUUGUUUUGCAGUGGGUUUAGCAGGGAACAGGGGCAACAGCCAGGAAAUCCCCAUGGAAAAGAUACUGAAAACAGAAUUGAAAACCUCCAUUCUGAAGGCAUUUGGAAGCUCGGGAGGAGGAUGCAUCAGCCAAGGACAAGGCUAUGAAACGGACCAGGGACGAGUAUUUGUGAAGAUCAACCACAAGUCUCAGGCUAGAAAGAUGUUUGAAGGGGAAAUGGCGAGUUUGGAAGCUAUUCAGAAAACCAGCACCGUGAGAGUGCCUCAGCCUAUGAAGGUGAUUGACCUUCCUGGAGGAGGAGCGAUGUUUGUCAUGGAGUACCUGAAGAUGAAGCAUCUCAACAAAUAUUCUUCAAAGCUUGGAGAGCAGAUAGCAGAUCUUCACCUGUAUAACCAGAAGCUUGGAGAGAAACUGAGAAAGGAGGAACACACAAUUGGUAAAGGUGCAGGUCACUCUGAGUCUCAGUAUGUGGAUAAAUUUGGAUUCCAUACAGCUACUUGCUGUGGCUACAUAGCACAGGUGAAUGAAUGGCAGAGUGAUUGGCCUUCUUUCUUUGUACGCCACCGACUCCAAGCUCAGUUGGAUUUGAUUGAAAGAGAUUAUGGAGACAGAGAAGCAAGAGAACUUUGGUCGCAGCUAAAACCAAAGAUUCCCGAGAUGUUCUGUGACGUAGAAAUUGUUCCUGCUCUCCUGCAUGGGGACCUGUGGGCAGGAAACGUGGCUGAGGACGACUCUGGGCCGAUUAUCUUUGACCCUGCUUGCUUUUAUGGCCAUUCAGAAUUUGAGCUGGCAAUUGCUGGCAUGUUCGGUGGCUUUAGCAGCUCUUUCUUCUCUGCGUAUCACAGUAAAAUACCCAAAGCUCCAGGGUUUGAGAAGCGAAACAAAUUGUAUCAGCUCUUUAAUUAUAUAAACCACUGGAACCAUUUUGGGACAGGAUAUAGAGGUUCUACCAUAAACGUAAUGAGAAAGCUUUUAAAGUAAACAAAACCAUCUGAGAAAUUCUGUCACAGUCCCUGUUAACCAAAAUAACACAACCUAGAAGUUAAUAUUGGUGAUAAAAAACGUGGCAGAUGUAAAAGGCUUAGUGCAUUUUUGAGCCUCACUAAAUGUUAGGAGUGGUUGUGCUAGUUUUACUGUAUGUACUAG